GGUCGACCAGCGUAGCGAUCCUCCAUUCGCGAAUAAGACCUCCGACAGCGACAUGAAGAUUGCUCGUGUCGUCGCACUGACGGUCAGUGCGCUCGCCUUCUCGGCGAUGGCCCAAGGCCGUGGCUACGGACGCGACGACGACUACAGCCACGACUACGCCGAGGCCGACCACGGAUACGGUGAAGUCGACGGCUACGGUGCCUACAACGGUGACUACGAGCACGACAAUGGGUAUGGCGGCGAAGAAGAAACCGGAUACGGUGCCCCCGUGCGCGGCUACGGCAACGAAAAUGAAGAUGCGGGCUACGGCGCUCCCAAGCCGAAGCGCUAUGGCGAUCGCGAGGAGACCGGAUACGGCGCGCCCAAGCCGCGCGGCUACGACCAGCCCAGCGGCUAUAGAAAGACAAAGAAGCCGGCGGGCUACGACGGGUACCCAACGUCCAUGUACAAGAACUCGCCGUACCGGACCGACGACAAGAAGUACGUCGAGUACACGGACGGGUACGAGCCGCGCGCGCCCAAGGCCAAUGCUCCGCAUCCGACGAUCACGCUCGAGGACGACCCGCCGCUCAGCUUGCCGGCGCUGGACACGUUCCACUGCUUCCUGAGUGGCGCGCCGUGGACCAACUGCGGCGGUCGGUCGUUGCGCGACUACUUUUUGGACCAGUGCUUCUCCAUGUACUAUGCCAUGACGACGGCGGCCGACGGUAUCUGCUCUGGCAAGGUCGAGUCCAAGGGCAGCGAUGCGUUUUACCACGGGUACGGCACGGCCGAGGACCACGACGGGACGCGCGGCUACGGCUACGGUCGCAGCCGAUCGGUGCUCGCCGAGGACAAAGAAGGCUACGGCAAGCCCAAGCCCAAGCCCAAGAGCCGGUACGGCAAGAAGCCGAAGGGGUACAAGGCGCCCUACACGCAGGCUCCACCCAAGGCAAACUACUGCGAUGCGUACCAAGAGGAGAAAUGCCUUCAGAGCCAGUACACGUCAAUCACGCUCGCGACUGUCCAGUGCCUCACGGAAAACACGGUGCGCAUUCUCUUCAUCGAGCGCUACGCGGCGUCGGCGUCUGUCAACCCCAUCGAAGGACCGGUGCUGUACCUCAAGAAGCUCCACCAGUUCAUCAGCAGCGUCAUUGCGUGCCAGCCUGAUAAGAUCGCCAACUACCCGACGUUGUGGCGCCGGUCCGGCAACUACAACCCGACGGCGCCGUACUCGGUGUAUGGCGGGAGCGCGUACCGCGUCCAGCUGCCGCGCUGCACGUCCAACGCGGCGACAGGCUGGGACACGUCCGAGACCAACGGCCGCUUCCACUGCAACAACGUCGAAGAUCUGGGCUUGCUUAGCGCGCCACUGGGUUACUUUCCGUACAGACGCGAUGCUGGUGACAUUACGUACAGCCUCAGUGCACUGAAAAAGUGCAAGACGUCGGCGACUGUCGACACGACUGGCGUCGAGUUCCUUGUCAAGAAGUGCAAGUUCCACACCAACCUGGCCGAGGAAAACAACCAUGGCCAGGACUUGUCGCCGCUGCUGUGGACCAACCCGGACACCCUCUUCGGGCUCCUCGAUGGCCAAAACACUAUCACGAACCGCAACGACGCGACGCUCCGUGUCCGCACGAUCGCUGAGAUUGCGGCCAACAACGGGGGUCUCGCCAAGCAGCCGAUUCUUGAAGGCAACGGAGUCCUGUACUUCUGCGCCUUUUACGCCUGCCGCGCCAACAACGGCGGUGACGCGUCGAGCUGCUUCCCGAGCGUCUCGCGCGACGACUGGGACCUCUUGAGCUCCAACUACUGGGUGCCGACGUGGAACGACCUUACGGUCGAGAUCAACGAGUGCCUCGCGAGCAAGUACCUGACGCCCCAAGACGUCAAGGAAGUGUCCAAGCCGCUUCUGGACGAGUUGCACCAGCGCACGCACAUUUGCAUGGCCGAGAACGAGAUCGUGAGCUUCUACAACAAGAUCAACGGCGCGUUCGACCCGACCGUCCAAGAUGGACACAUCGUCUUCCUCCGCCGCCUCGCCAACGAAAAGUGCUUUCUCGAAUCCGAGAACGACUGCCGGUCCAACCAGGAUCUGUACUCGGACCUCUUCAACGUCCUCAAGACGCUCCACAACCGGUGCCUCUCGGUCAAGUUUGCGACCCAGGACGCUGCCUCGGAGCCCGAGCCGUACGCCGAUGAGUACGACGACGGGUACAGCGUGGUCGCCUAAGAUGCACCCGAUGCCACACGGACCGGGCCUGACAGUGCACCGUUGUAUGCAGCUGUUCCCUCCAUCAACUGCCCCGUAGUUGUAGAAGCGCGUUGGUGGGUCUUGGUGACAGGCGCCAGUCCGGGUAGUAUUUUAGUGAUAUAAGCGUC